AUGGGGAAGACAUUACAAGAUUUUGAUUUACCUAGGUUUAAAGAAAAUGAAAUAGGUGAUACAUCAUGCAAUCUACGAAUCAUACAAGAUGAGAUGGAUGUUGAAGUCUGUCAGGAAGAUAUAGAUGGUAAGUAUAAAUUAAAUGAAGAUCAAAGGAAAGCUUUUGAAAUAAUAAUGGACAGAGUUAAUAUGAAUAAGGGAGGAGUUUUUUUCAUAGAUGGUCCUGGAGGGACGGGAAAAACAUUUCUGUACAGAACUAUAUUUACCAAUGUUAGAUCAAAAGGAAUGAUUGCAAUAGCAACUAAAACUUCAGGAGUAGCAGCAUCUUUACUGCCUGGUAGGCCCACAUCACAUUCACGGCUUAAGAUACCAAUUAAUGCCACUGAGACAAUAAUUUGUAAUAUAUCUAAACAAGAAGGUACUGCACAUUUGAUUAGAAAAGCAGCACUAAUUAUUUGGGAUGAAGCAUCAAUGGAAAAACGAGUAGCAAUUAAAAGUGUAGAUCAUACAAUGCAAGACCUAUUGAGUAUAGAUGAAUUGUUUGGUGGUAAAGUAGUCGUUUUUGGAGGAGAUUUUUGUCAAGUAUUGCCUGUUAUUCCAAGAGGAACAAGAAGCCAAACAGUUAAUGCUAGCUUAGUAAAAUCUUAUUUGUGGGAGAAAAUGGAAAAGAUAACCUUAAAAACAUGUGAGCAAAAAAUGAUGAAGAAUUCAAUAAAUUCUUGCUGCGCGUCGGAAAUGGAACAGAAAAAACAACUAAACAUGAACUAA